AUGAAUAAGGAAAAGAGUUAUGCUCACAUCGUAGCCGGAGGAGUAUCGGGAGUAUUUGUCAGCAUUGCUACACAACCUUUUGAUGUCCUGAAAACAAAUUUAAUUGGAGCCCGAGAGAGGAAUCCAUUAUUCACCAAUGGAAAAAUGCAAAACCAAUUACAAGGAACCAUUUCAUUCAUUUCGACCAUUUACAAAACAGAAGGUCUCCGUGGUCUUUGGAGAGGCCUAGUUCCAACUUCUUGGAGAUAUUUACCUGGUGGAGCCAUGUAUUUUGGUUCAAUUCACUUUUUGAAACUAGGACCUUUAAACACUAAGAAUAAUGGGCUUCCACAUCCUGUCAAUGAUUUUCUCAUUGGAGCCAUUUCUAAGAGCUGUGCAACAAUUUCAACGAUGCCUAUUUUGGUUGUGAAAACUAGGUUUGAGAGUAUUCAGGCUUGUGAAAGUAUGAAAUCGAGGAGUGUAUCGAGUACCAUAAAAGAAAUUUACAACACUGGAGGAAUACGAGGUUUAUUUGCUGGUGUCACUCCAACAUUACUACGAGAUAUCCCUUAUUCAGGCCUCUUCUAUUUAUUCUAUCGACAGAGUAAUGAUUUACUGAGUGUUGUGGUUGGACAAGAUGCUACAUCAUCCUCGAAUCAAAUUGUUAGUGUCGCAGCAAUUAGUUCGAUAUUUGCAGGAGCCAGUGCAACGUUAAUCACUCACCCUUUUGACCUGAUUCGAACUCGACUUCAAUUACCCAACCAAGGAGGCUACUCUGGUUUCAUGGAUGCCUUGGUGACAAUUCCAAAGGAAGAAGGCCUUAGAAGUUUGUUUUUGAGAGGAAUUGUGCCAAAAAUCAUGAAAAGAGGAUUGGGGCAUGCAAUUUCAUGGUCAUUAUACGAAUCCACUGUACUAUUGACAACAAAAUAA